CCCACCUUCUACAACCGUCAGUGAUCCCGGAAGUUCCGGCGAGCAAUGAAACGGAAGUUGGUACGUGGCUGCUGCUCCGGCAGAGACACUAAACAUCAUGGCGAUGGAGUUGCACAGCUCUGAACCAAACAGUAGUAACUCCAGUCGACUAGAGGUCUCUAUAGACGGACUAACGCUUAGUCCUGAUCCAGAGGGCGAGGAAGAACACAACCAGCGACCGAGAGAGUCACAUGUUGAUCUCGGAAAAGAAGUCCAGAACCAGCUAGAAGGAGAUGGGGAGGGCGAGACAUCUAAAACCAUGGAAAGGAAAUGGGGCUUUCCUUUGCCAGAGCUGUAUAGCCUGGCUCUUAAAUUCUUCAAAGAGAAAGAUGGAAAAGCUUUUCAUCCAACGUAUGAAGAUAAACUUAGACUAGUGGCUCUGCAUAAGCAGGUUUCUCUUGGUCCGUAUAAUCCAGAUGCCUGCCCAGAAGUUGGCUUUUUUGAUGUACUUGGAAACGACAGGAGAAAAGAAUGGGCUCUCUUGGGAAACAUGUCAAAAGAAGAGGCAAUGGUGGAGUUUGUAAGGCUGCUUAAUAAGUGUUGCAGUCUUUUUGCCCCUUAUGUUACAUCUCAUAAAAUAGAGAAGGAAGAACAGGAAAGAAAAAGAUUUGAGGAAGAAAAACGUCGUCAGCUUGAGGAAGAAGAGCGUGAACGUGCCAGACAGGAAGCAGAGCGGCAGCGUCGAGAAGAGGAAGAAAGGAGGAGACUGGAAGAAGAGGAAAGAAGACAGAUAGAGGAAGAAAGACUUCGAAUGGAACAGCAAAAGCAACAGAUUAUGGCGGCUUUAAAUGCGCAAACAGCAGUUCAGUUUCAACAGUAUGCAGCCCAGCAGUACCCAGGAAACUUUGAACAGCAGCAGAUCCUGAUUCGGCAGCUUCAAGAGCAACACUACCAGCAGUACAUGCAGCAGCUCUACCAAGUUCAGCUGGCACAACAGCAGGCAGCCUUACAGAAGCAGCAAGAGGCAGCUAUUUUAAGUUCUGGAGCAGUAAAGGUUCACGCCACUUCUCCAGGAGAGAGCCCUACUGUAAAUGGACAGAGCAACUCUCACAUGGAAAACAUGGAAAAAGUGCCUGAAUCAGAUUUAACAGAAGAUGUAAUAGAGAAUGGACCGAAAGAUGCCUCUCCUGUGAUUGCAGCUCCUUCAAUGUGGACAAGGCCCCAGAUUAAAGACUUCAAGGAGAAAAUCAGACAGGAUGCAGACUCUGUAAUCACAGUUGGACGAGGAGAAGUUGUAACAGUCAGAGUCCCAACACAUGAGGAGGGAUCUUACCUAUUUUGGGAAUUUGCCACUGAUCAUUAUGACAUUGGUUUUGGAGUAUACUUUGAAUGGACUGAUUCUCCAAACACAUCUGUCAGUGUUCAUGUCAGCGAGUCCAGUGAUGAUGAGGAAGAUGAUGAAGGAGAAAAUCCAAGUGAAGAAGAAAAAGCCAAAAAGAAUGUAAACAAGCCUCAGGUGGAUGAGAUUGUACCAGUAUACAGACGAGACUGCCAUGAAGAAGUUUAUGCAGGCAGCCACCAGUACCCAGGAAGAGGAGUGUAUCUUCUUAAAUUUGACAAUUCAUAUUCCUUAUGGAGAUCAAAAACAGUUUACUACAGAGUUUAUUAUACUAGAUAAGACAGCAUUAAAGACAAUGGGGUGUGCAGGAUGGAGCAUGGAUUUGUUUAAAAAAGGUAGUCGAUUCAGUCAAUUUAGAUCCUUGUUAUCCAUGCCCGAUGCAUGUGGACAUUAUUGGCCAUUGUUGGUUCUGUGAAACAAUAAUAAAAAAAGCUAUUUCCAAAAGAAAUAUCCGCGUUAUCAACCUGUUUUGGAGUAUCACUGUUUCACUGGAGAAAAUUGUUUUUCUGACUUGUUCAGAUACAGACAUCCUGUAGUUUACAGAAGUGACUAGCAGAUUGCCAUUGGUGUUCAGAAAGAUCUUUGCUUCUUAUACACACAGCAUUGUGAUAAUUACUUUUUCUGAUGAUUUACAUUAUUUCAAUACAUGACUAAUUGUUUCUUUUCUAAUUGCACAUUACCUGCAUAUUAAAUGUAGAGGAGGGAGAAAUAUAUCUGACAUUCUGAGAUCUUACAUUUAUCUUACAUAGUUUUGAGCUGCUAUAACUAAAGGAAAAAAAAAGUGUUUGCACCAUAACAGAAACAACUAAUUUAUAUAAACAUAUAUUAUCUGUCUUUUUGAUGACUCUAUAUACAUCUACAUCUCAUUCAUACAAGUCUCCGUUUUAGAGUAAAUAUGGUUUAGAUUAAUUUUUGAUAAAAUAUCCUUAUGUGAAAAUUCUGCAAACCCCAGAUUUUUACUAAAAUCUCAUAACAUGUAUUUUUGUGUUACAAAAUAAAAUACUUGCUGGAGCAGCAUGUACUACAUGAAGAAAUGUAAUGAGGCAACGUGGCUUCCCUUAAAUCAGUCGAAUCCGAGGGUGAUUGUGGUUCCACUCUGCUGUCCCAAAUGAGGUCAAUAGAGUAAUUAAAUAAAUUAAUAAGUUUCAAAUAUAUUUAAAAAAAACAAAAGCCUACAAUAAAAUUUAUUAAGGAGUAAAUGGUAUCAGUCCAUGUUUCGGUUGCCUUGUCUACUUGUUUAAAUAUUAUUAAAAUCAUUUGAAUAAGCUCUUCAUUCUGAUUAAGAUGCCAAACCUGUCAAACUGUUCUCAUUAAUGAUGUAUAAACAGUUAUUUCAGAUAUUGAAUCUUGAACUGGGCCCCAUCUUGAAGCGUUGCAUGGACAUGGGUGUCAUGCUCCAGUACCCAAGGUAAAUGCACCAAGUAUGUCUCGGACUGGAGGACCUUGUUAAUCUUCCUGCUGUUUUAAAUGUUUAUUUUGUUUACCUGAAAAAUACCAUUGGGCCAAUUUGUGUUGGUAGAAUAGAUAUGGAAUAAAAAAGCGUUCAAGUGUUUUUACAAAUUUGUUCCCAAAAAUAUUUGAUUUGUAGACUGAUGUAGAAUGUAACGACAAAGCGAUUCUAACACUGCUACUACUUUUACUUUCUGAGUCCACGCUGGUUAUUUUGAUGCUCACUUUUUUUUUUUUUUUUGUGUUUUUUGUUUUUCUCCCCCUUCAAAAUCAGUCUUCCACCCUAACGUUGAGGUAUGUAUGGGUUUAGCUGCUAAAAGCUAAAAACCUUGUCAUGAUUAAUAAAUUCCUGCUUACAGUACCCUGCAUAAUGUAGAAUUUCAAAUGUAAUAUUUUCUAAGUAAGCAACUAAGCAAAAUAUGGGGAACCGUUUAAAGAGAGAUUGGAACAUGGAGAAUGGGCUCCUGUUAAUCGCAGUGGACUUUCAUUUAUAAGGUGGUUGUGUAUUUUUGUCACUUAGUUCCAUGUACUGCACACUCCUAAGUGUGAUGAUAUGUGUGUUUUGCUAUGUAUUAAUAGGAGACUAAUUAUAUAACAACAGAUUAAGGGAGUGGGGCUCACCUUUGCUGUCCAUUGCAGAUCUCACUGCCAAAAAACAAAAUACUCUUAUCUUUGUGUGCACGAAUAUGUGUGUGUUUGCCCUGGAAAUGAAAUGUUAAUUAUGCUUUUAAAAAUUAGAAAAUAGCAUUUUCUACAACUUAACAGUUUCUAGUUGAAUAGCAUUUGCAGUUUAAUCCCAUGUGAAAUUUAUAAAAAUGCACCUAAACAAGGUCUCAAAGCACUAUCUCUGCAGCUAUUGUCACCUUCAUUUUAGCCUGUGAGCGACGGGGGCGUCCCUUUCACAAAUGUUUUUUGCUCAUAUGCUUUUUGCGGUUUGACUCUUUCUUUGUUUAGCAUAACAGCCGCCAUUCUUGACGUUAGCCUGUCAUAUUCAUACUGUAGUGCUUUUAUGUUCUUUGAUUAUCUGGAUUGUAUAUUUCCUUUUUGCUGUGAAUUUUUUGCUUUACAAUACAGUUUUAUUUUUAAUGUUCUAAAAAAAAAAAAAAUAGCCUGAAUCAUUUAACAUUAUCACUGUUCUGCUUCAGAUGCCAGUAAGUUCACUGUUUUAAGCUGAUUGUUUUUCUUUAUUGGCUGAUAUCUACUAGGAGAUAUUAAUUUUGAUUAAAAAUGUUCCAAGACUGAACACACUCAAACUGCUUAAAGGGGAAGAAGCAGCCUGACAUUUCUUUGUAGCUCCUUGUUCUUCUAACCAUUAAACACUAGGCUUUGCAUUAAGAAUACAUCCUCAUCACUAGCCAUGUUUAGUUAAAUGUCGUUUCAUAUGUGUAUAUGAUAACUUUAUAGCUGAAAUUGAUUAUGGAAAAUACUUAAGUACACCCAAAAACAUCAGUAGACACCUUAUCCUUCAGGUGUUUUUGUAUCGUUUUGCUUUAAACUGCAAAAGAAGGUAAGCUGGAUGGUCAUUUUUAUUUAAUUCAAGUGAUAAUGUUAAAUGUUAUUCCUUUGGGGAAGGGGUGUGGAAUAUGGUGAUGUAUGAUAAAAUGUAUUUGGAGAUCUUUAUGUAAACUGUAAAUUAAAAUUCUGACAUAUGCA